GACAUCAUCGAGUAUCUCUCAUUCACUCAUCUGAGUGAAUAUCAACUGCUUCCUAAUUCUUUCGAAUCCAGAAAUUGUCAUCACGAUAAUUCACAAUGAGAUUCUCUACCGCUUGCGUGGCGGCUCUUUCUGCCAGUGUAGCAUCGGCUGGAAGCUGGUUUAGCUCCCAAGACGCCGUCGCUAAGGAUGCGCAAAAGGUUCCUGGUGAAUCUCCUCUCGAGUUCUGCGAUACGGACCACAGCAACGAUAUUAUAAAGAUCGAGAGUGUUGAUUUAUCACCCAAUCCCCCUGAGACUGGCUCCGAGUUAGUCAUCGAGGCUACAGGAACCGUUUACGAGACCAUCACGGAGGGAGCAACCGUGAACCUCGUUGUCAAGUAUGGUCUAAUCCGCCUGAUUAGCACCACCGCCGACCUGUGCGAACAAAUCGAGAAUGUCGAUCUGAAGUGCCCUAUUGAGAAGGGAGUCUUGUCCAUCACCAAAUCUGUCGAGAUCCCUAAGGAGGUUCCUCCUGGAACAUACAACGUCUACGCCGAGGUCGUCAACGCGGAUGGAAAAACUCCCAUCACCUGCCUCCAGGCCACCGUGAAGUUCGGAGGUAGCAAGUCGGAUCUGUCGAUCGAAUUGUAGAUCGCCUUUGGGCAACCGAAACGAGACUUG